AUGGAUAGAGCCAAGAAAGUAGUUAACGAAAAACAUGAACGCAUCUUGCUUGAAUUGACGAAACAACCAGGGAAUGAUUCCUGUGCCGAUUGUGGUGUUAAAGGGCCACGUUGGGCGUCUCAUAAUCUUGGCAUUUUCCUUUGUAUUCGCUGUGGUGGCUUACAUCGUAAAAUGGGGACUCAUAUUUCCAAAGUGAAAUCGAUAUCAUUAGACUCAUGGACACCGGAACAAAUAGAAAACAUGCGACAAUGGGGUAAUUUGAAAGCUAAUGCUAAAUGGAACCCACAUCCAGAAUUACACCCAGUGCCGUUUAAUACAUCCGAUAGUGAGAUGGAAAAAUACAUUCGUAAUAAAUAUGAAAAGCAAUCUUUUUGCAAUAAUUCGAAUAAGUCAGUUCAACACAGUCCGUCACCUGCGCCAACAACUCCACCUAAACGUAAAACCAUUGAUUCCUCUCCAAAAUAUGUGGAUCGAGGAAUUAAUGAUGCUGUGUUACGUCAACUUAAAGAUAUGGGUUUUACAGAUAUUGUUAAAAACAGAGAAGUUUUGUCUACAACAAACGGAGAUCUCAAUUCUGCAAUUGAAAUAUUAUGUCGUCUAUCUACUGGAAACUCAACCUCCAAUGAAUUGGUUCGUUCUUCCACGAAUUCAAGUACAUCUAACGACGAUAAAUUAGUCCAAUUAUGGAAUAUGGGAUUUCACGAUGAGGCAAAAAAUCGUGAUGCUCUUCGACGUACUGGUGGUAAUAUAGAGGUAGCUGCUGCAUUACUUAUUGAAUCCCGCACAUCUGUAGCAACAAACAAUACCAAUUCUAUUACUAAGCCUCAGUCAGAACAACGCAAACCACAGUUGACACAAAGUCAAUCACUUAUAGAUUCAACACCUUCACUACAAAAUUCGACACAAUCGCAAAAUCUUCAACAGCGACAGCCAUUACAACAACAACCAAAUAAAUUCGAUAAAAGUGCAAUCUUGUCACUAUAUAGCUCAUCUCAGCCAUCUUUAACAGGAGGACCUAAUAUACAUAACAGCACAUAUUUUACUACAUUAGGCACUGGUUUUACAUCUCAAAAUCAGGUUAGCCAAUUUGAAUCACAACAACCAAAUGCAUUUAGAACUAAUAUAGCAACAAUUAAUUCUCAUGAGAAUAUAAUGUUUAAUUCGGAACUUGGUGGUAUUCAAAGUUCAACAAUGAAUACUUUGAAUAAAAAAUAUAAUUAA